UAUAAAUCGACUAUUCCAGUUGUAACUUAUGACACCACCAACUUCAAAAACAGCUGUUAUUUUAUUGUUAACGAAGCCGCCUAAACUAUUCUUUUUAUAAACAAUUUGUAUUUUUUUAAUAAAAAGAAAUAUCGAAAUUUUUACGUCUACUACUGCAAACCUUAACUCACAAUGACACAUCCUGUAGAAAUGGUGACCGCUUCACGGAAGUAUCCUUUCGCUAAAAUGCGCCUAGAUGACACGCAUCAAUUGGAUGAAAUUGAAGGACGUUUCACCUGCGUUCAUUGCAAUCGUUCACGUAAAUUCUAUUGCUACAAUUGUUAUGUACCCGUGGGCAGUGUUGGCGACUUCCUGCCACAUGUAGAAAUACCCAUCGACAUUGAUAUCAUAAAGCAUAAAAAGGAGAUUGAUGGCAAGAGCACAUCUGCACAUGCCGCGGUUUUGGCUAGAGAUCGCGUAAAAGUAUAUGAAUAUCCUGAUAUGCCAGACUAUUCAAAAAUGGAUGGAGUUAUACUGAUUUUUCCAAGCGUCAAAAGCUUAACGGUACCACAAUUAUUCAAUCAACCAGUACGGCUAAAAACUGAAAAUAAUUAUGGUUUGCCAAAGGGACACAAUAUCGGUACGAUGUUAAGAUGGCGUAUAGAUGAAGUAAAGGAUGAAACAGUGAAAGAUGUGGAGGACUGCACAAAUAUAGUAUAUACAUAUGAGAAUCUACCUGUGAAACGUGCAAUAUUCAUUGAUAGCACAUGGAAUCAAAGUCGGGGCAUCUAUAAAGAUGAACGCUUAAAAGGUUUACCCACCGUCGUCUUGCAGAAUCGUUAUUCACAAUUUUGGCGACAUCAACGCGGCAGUCCACGUUGGUAUCUCGCUACUGUGGAAGCCGUACAUCAAUUCCUACUCGAAGUGCACGUUAAUGCGUGGGGUUUGAAUCGAGAUUAUCGCGGUUUGGAUAAUCUGGAAAUUGGUCAAGGUUUUUAUGACACAGCGCGUUUAGUGGAUGCUGAUGUGGCAAAUGUAGCACGGGACGCGCCCUAUAAUGGACAAUAUGAUAAUUUAUUAUUUUUCUUUGCCAAUAUGUACGACAUAAUACAUAGAUAUUAUGAUCAUAAUCAAUUGAAAUCAUAUCGGAGGCCUAUAUAAGAUUUUGGUUAGUUUUAUAUAAGUAAAAGAAAAAUAAAAGUUAUAGAUUGUAAUGAAUUUUUUUAAA